GACUGAAAGGUUUUGAGCCUAACAUAUAGAAAGGAUUGAGCCAUCAGGACCAAAUUUACUCCAUAAAAUCUUUUUGUUCUCAGUCCUACUCACCAAAUUUCUUGGUCAUAGUAAUUUCUAAUCUGAUUUUACAGGUUCCUGUAUCAUAUAGUGUCUGAUGAAAAAUUGACAAACUUGAGUUGGCCUUCUUUGGAGUUGAUGACAUGAGAUGCUUCCAUUAUUAUCAGACUACUACUUGAUCUCAGGCUGAUAGUGAAGAACCCAAGUGUCAUCAAUAGUUACGAAUCGUUCCAAGAAAUGGAUGGGUUAAAGGCCAAGUCUCUGCUGGUUCCACGCCUUUCUCAUGCAACGAUACUUAGGUUUGUCCAUUCUUCAUGAGACAUCUCAUCGAUACAGAGAUUUGGGGAACCUGUAAAAUGACAGUAGAUACUGCUGUGAUCAAGAAAUUUGGUGAAUAGGAUUGAGGAAUGUGAAAGAUUUUAUUUUCCAAAUGUGGUUUUCACAUCCGCGUAUACAGGAAGGAGGAAAUAAAAAUUAGCUUGAUGAAGAAUUAACUUGCGUAUGGUUGAACUUGAAUGUUGGCCAUUCUUCUGCAUUGCAGUCCUUUGAACCAGUGAAUUUUGAUCUGCGCUGUGCAUUCCCUGGAUGUGCAUGCUUGCUAUUGCCUCAUACUUAGCUGAAAUAUUUUCAUCUUUGCCAUCAUGGGGGAACAUCUCUCUAUCUACUAAACUAAAAACUUAUUUUCAAGAUGGCGGCUGAGCUACCCGCUGGAAUUGGUGUUACUGUGUGCCUUGUAGCCCUCUCUGUAUUCUUGGCUUACUACAUCGCAAAGUUCUUUCGUAUUUACUUCCUCAUCUCCAAAUUUGAGGGCCCUCCCGCAGUGCCAAUCUUCGGCAAUUUACUAUUAUUUAAGAGUGAUGCUAGAGAAAAUUACUUGCUCGGGAGGAAAAUACAAGAGCAAUAUCGCCAAAAAUCUGGAGGCUUAAUAAGGGUAUGGUAUGGACCAUCACCUGCUGUUUUGAUCAUCAGUAGCAAGCACAGCGAGUUGUUAAUGAAUAGCAGCCACCACAUUGGUAAAGGAGUCCAGUACAAAUGCUUGGAACCAUGGCUAGGACAGGGUCUUCUUACCAGCUCAGGGAAGAAGUGGGCAUAUCGACGAAAGUUACUCACUCCAACCUUUCAUUUCUCCAUCCUACAAUCUUUCGUGGAGGUAUUUAAUGAGCAGAGCUUCAUAUUGGUCAAGAAACUCGAAAAAUUAGCAACGGAUUCCGAGACAAUCAACAUCUUUCCUCUGGUCACGAAUUGCGUGUUGGAUAUCAUAUGUGAUACAGCCAUGGGGAAGCGGACCAAUGCACAAGAAAACAGUGAGAAUGAAUACGUUCGAGCCGUUGAUAAUAUGAGUCGUCUUGUUGUUCGUCGAAUGAGGAAUCCAUUGUGGUGGUCAGACUGGCUUUAUAACAAACUAGGAGUAGGGAAGGAGCAUGAUAAAUCAUUAAAAGUCCUUCAUAAAGUAACCAAAGAGAUGAUUCAGGAGAGACUCCAUCAAAUCCCUUCAAAUAUAAGUGAAACGGACCAAAGCGAGUCAAUCACUGGAAAACGCAGAAGAAUCGCAUUCCUAGAUCUUCUUCUUCAGAUGCACCGUGAAGAUCCCAGCUUUACUCUUGAUGACAUCAGAGAGGAAGUAGACACAUUCAUGUUUGAGGGUCAUGACACAACAUCUGCAGCAGUUAGUUGGUCUAUCUUGCAUAUUGGACAGCAUCCAGAGAUUCAAGCUCGUCUGUAUGACGAAAUAGAUGAAGUCUUUGGUAAAUCUGAUCGACCAGUGACUUCAGAUGACCUCUCUAAACUACCAUACUUAAGUCGUGUUGUUAAGGAGACACUCCGUAUCACCCCACCUGUGCCUGGAAUUGCAAGGGAACUUGACGAUGACAUAGUCAUAGAUGGUAAAGUAAUACCCAAAGAAGCGGCAAUCUUUCUCAUUAUCAAUGCCCUCCAUCGUGACCCGGAACAGUUUCCUGAUCCAGCUCGGUUUGACCCAGAUCGAUUUUUACCUGAGAAUUCGGCUAAACGACAUCCAUUUUCCUUCAUCCCUUUCUCUGCAGGACCAAGAAACUGCAUUGGUCAAAAGUUUGCAAUGAUGGAGGACAAGGUUAUCCUGAUCAACAUCCUUCGGAGGUUCUCUAUCAAAUCACUCCAGACUCUGGAAGAGGCCAAACCAGCCGGAAUGUUAAUCUUGCGACCAUCAGAGGGCACUAUACUUGUUAAUCUCAGUUUGAGGAAGUAGUUCAGGCGAAAACCAAUUAUAACAAAAUUAUUCAAAAUAUUUCAAAUAUCGAAAAAAAAAGAAGUUUGGUUACUUUCCGAGACAAUUUACUUCAAAUUUAAUUGCCACAAUAUUAAGUAAAAUGAAGUGGUGUGAUAUACUCCACUGUAUUUAUGUACAUGUUUCGAAUAGCCAGGACAUUUUAUUUUGUUUAACAUUUAAGUAAUUAUGUUUAUACUUCAAAUUGACUUUGAUAUGUUUCUCACAUAUUGAAGAAUCUGUUUACCUUUUAUGUAUAAAAACUGCAAUUAAAAAAACUCUAAAUCUGAACACUUUAUAUCACAGAACCGAGUAUUCUAGAUUAAUUACCCUUUUAUGGUAUAUUGAUGACAACAAAUUAUGUUCUUUAUUAUCACCUGCCAAACAAUCAUCUCUAAUGUCUGCGAUCGUCUUAACACGGAAAAUUUCCACUACGAUUCUGAUCAAGCACCGAUCCUGUAUUCCCCAUGCAAGAUAUGUUUUGGGAUCUGAGUUUAAACCAACUACCUAUACUAACAAAAAACAAUUAUGUAUUCCCCAUGCAAGAUAUGCUUUGUGAUCUGAGUUUAAACCAACUACCUAUACUAACAAAUUGAUACUUGCCCCCCCCCCUCCCCCCCCCCCCCCCAUGAAUGGAUCGAGUCUAACCAAGGGCAGCACCAGGAUAGGGGGAAAGACGAACUAAUGGUGAUGAUUUUUUUUUUCUCAGUUUAAUAACAGAGGUAAUUAUAGAGAUGCAAAUACUCUUUUUUUUUCUUGGAUUGUCAUAGGGGUGGUCGCCUCUUGCCCCCCCCCCCCCCCCGUAUCACACCCUGUGUCAAGCAAAUCCUACCCUAGACCAUGGAUUGUCGAUUACAACCAUGCCUAUAGACCUUUCCUAUACAUUUUAUUGGUGCAUUUAGAAGAUUUGAUUUAUCUCUGAAAAUUAUAGGUAUUGUGACAGUAAUGAAAUUGGCUACGUAUAACAUCUAUAUUCUCAAGUCUGUUGAAUUCGUCUACCUCUUUCCUUUUUUAGCACAUGAAAGUACUAUUAUCCAAAACAAUGAUGUUGAACCUGACUUCCAAUUCUUUACUGAAAGUUCAAAUGACUCUCGAUACUACAGUUCUGAGGAAUUCAAUGAAAUAUUUGGGAAUGUAGAUGUUCCGAGCAGUGGAAAAUUUUCCAGCGUUCACUUCAAUGCUAGAAGUCUUUUAAAUUCUUUUGAUGACAUUACAACCUGUCUUGACUCUUUGGACUUAACAUUUGAUAUAAUUCCCAUUUCCGAAACCUGGCUAAGAUUCGAAAGUCCCCUGGCAUAUAUGCCCAACUACACGUUCGUUUGUAACAAUAGGAAAUAUUCCAGAGGCGGUGGAGUUGGAAUGUAUGUCCACGAAUCUUUUAAUUUCUUAGAACGCAAUGACCUUAAUUUAAGCGAAGCAACAUGUGACUCUUUAUUUGUCGAACUGGAACAGUGCGCAGGGAAAAAUAUAAUUGUAGGAACCUUGUAUAGAGCCCCAUCUUUGGACAUUAAUAAAUUUAUCGAGGAGUUUGAUAGCCUUUUGAUUCGUCUUUCCAGGGAAAACAAACGGAUAUUUUUUUAUGGGUGAUCUAAAUAUAGAUAUUUUAAAGCAUAACUCUAGUUCUCAAAUUAAAAACUUUGUUAACUGUCUUUUUAGUAAUUUUAUUCUCCCUAUAAUUCAUCGGCCCACCAGAAUUACACAAACAAGUGCUACCCUUUUAGAUAAUGUUUUGACAAAUCAAUUUGAUUUACAUACCUUAGGUGGACUGUUAUACUCCGACGUGUCAGAUCACUUACCAAUAUUUCAUGUAACCGACAUGAAUGUUAUCAAAAUUAAAUCGAAGAUCACGCGGUACCUCGUAGGGCUUUACGACAGUAAAUAUUGCGAAAUUUAAAAAUGAAAUUGAAAAUUCAAAUUGGGGUGACAUUUUAGAUAUGCAAGAUGCGAAUCAAGCAUAUAUGAAAGAUUCAUAACCGAAUUCCGUGCAAUGUAUGAUAGCAGUUUCCCAUUGAAAAAACAUCUAGAAAGAAAAUUAAACUUAAAUGCUGGAUGACCGAUGGCUUGCUUCAAUCUAUUUGUUAUAAAAACAGUCUUUAUAAAAUAUAUAUCCAUAAACCAACAGUUCGAAAUGAAAUUAAAUACAAAGACUCUUAAAAACGUUAACUAUUUGAAACGACAGGCUAAAAAAUGUUAUUAUAAAUGUAAAUUUUAAGAAUAUAAAAAUAAUAUAAACCGUACGUGGCAAUUGAUCAA